UUGGCGGCCCAACGCUCAGGGGCUUCUGGGAGCGGACCGCCUCGGCCAAUCAGGAAGCGCGGGCGAGCGGCGCGAGAAGCGGCGGCGGCGUAGUGCAGCAGCCGGGAGCAGACGGCAGAGCGGCGGCAGAGCCAGCACCUGCAUCUCCAAUGGAUACUGAAGGGUUUGGUGAGCUCCUUCAGCAGGCUGAACAGCUUGCUGCUGAGACCGAAGGUAUCUCUGAGCUUCCACACGUGGAACGGAAUUUACAGGAGAUCCAGCAAGCGGGUGAGCGCCUGCGUUCCCGUACCCUCACACGCACAUCCCAGGAGACAGCAGAUGUCAAGGCAUCAGUUCUUCUUGGGUCACGGGGACUUGACAUAUCCCACAUCUCCCAGAGAUUGGAGAGUCUGAGUGCAGCAACCACUUUUGAACCUCUUGAGCCUGUGAAGGACACAGACAUUCAGGGCUUCCUGAAGAAUGAGAAAGAUAAUGCCCUGUUAUCUGCCAUUGAAGAGUCCCGGAAGAGGACCUUUGGUAUGGCUGAAGAGUAUCAUCGAGAGUCAAUGCUGGUCGAGUGGGAACAAGUGAAACAAAGAAUCCUGCACACACUGCUGGCAUCAGGAGAGGACGCCCUUGACUUCACCCAAGAAAGUGAGCCAAGUUACAUCAGUGAUGUGGGUCCUCCUGGUCGAAGUUCUCUGGAUAGCAUUGAGAUGGCCUAUGCCCGGCAGAUUUAUAUCUACAAUGAGAAGAUUGUGAGUGGACACCUACAGCCCAACCUGGUGGACCUGUGUUCAUCUGUCGCAGAGCUGGAUGACAAGAGCAUUUCUGACAUGUGGGCCAUGGUCAAACAAAUGACAGAUGUGGUAUUGACACCAGCAACUGAUGCCCUGAAGAGCCGAAGCAGUGUAGAAGUGCGCAUGGAGUUUGUCAGGCAGGCCUUGGGAUACCUUGAGCAGAGUUAUAAAAAUUAUACCCUUGUGACUGUGUUUGGAAAUCUGCAUCAGGCCCAACUGGGCGGUGUGCCGGGGACUUAUCAGCUGGUUCGAAGUUUCCUAAACAUUAAACUGCCAGCUCCCUCCCCAGGACUUCAGGAUGGAGAGGUAGAAGGCCAUCCUGUCUGGGCGUUAAUUUAUUACUGCAUGCGCUGUGGAGACCUGCUUGCUGCAUCACAAGUUGUCAGUCGAGCCCAGCACCAGCUGGGGGAAUUUAAAACCUGGUUCCAGGAGUACAUGAAUAGCAAGGAUAGAAGAUUGUCUCCAGCUACUGAAAACAAGCUCCGGCUUCACUACCGCAGAGCCCUCAGGAACAACACAGACCCCUAUAAGCGUGCUGUGUACUGUAUCAUUGGCAGAUGCGACAUCACCGACAAUCAGAGCGAAGUAGCAGACAAGACUGAGGACUACCUAUGGUUAAAAUUGAACCAGGUGUGUUUUGAUGAUGACGGCACCAGCUCGCCACAAGACAGACUCACUCUCUCACAAUUCCAGAAACAGCUGCUAGAAGACUAUGGUGAGUCCCACUUCACAGUGAACCAGCAGCCCUUCCUCUACUUCCAAGUGCUGUUCCUGACUGCGCAGUUUGAGGCUGCCAUUGCCUUUCUCUUCCGUAUGGAGCGGCUGCGCUGCCAUGCUGUCCAUGUUGCCCUGGUGCUGUUUGAGCUAAAGCUGCUUUUAAAAUCCUCAGGGCAGAGUGCUCAGCUCCUCAGCCACGAGCCUGGUGACCCUCCCUGCAUGCGACGGCUGAACUUCGUGCGUCUGCUCAUGCUCUACACCCGCAAGUUUGAGUCCACGGAUCCAAGGGAAGCGCUCCAGUACUUUUACUUCCUCAGGGACGAGAAAGACAGUCAAGGAGAAAACAUGUUUCUGCGCUGUGUGAGUGAGCUUGUGAUAGAAAGUCGAGAGUUUGAUAUGAUCCUUGGGAAACUAGAGAACGACGGAAGCAGAAAGCCUGGAGUCAUUGAUAAGUUUACCAAUGACACAAAGCCAAUUAUCAACAAAGUUGCUUCUGUGGCAGAAAAUAAAGGACUAUUUGAAGAAGCAGCCAAGCUUUAUGACCUUGCCAAGAACGCUGACAAGGUGUUGGAGCUGAUGAACAAACUCCUGAGCCCUGUGGUUCCACAGAUCAGUGCCCCACAGUCCAACAAGGAAAGACUGAAGAACAUGGCCCUCUCCAUUGCUGAGCGGUACAGGGCUCAGGGAAUAAGUGCAAAUAAGUUUGUGGACUCUACAUUCUACCUCCUCUUGGACUUGAUAACGUUUUUUGACGAGUAUCACAGUGGUCAUGUUGACAGAGCUUUUGACAUCAUUGACCGCUUGAAACUGGUGCCUCUGAACCAGGAAAGUGUAGAAGAAAGGGUGGCUGCCUUCAGAAACUUCAGUGAUGAAAUCCGGCACAACCUCUCAGAAGUACUUCUCGCCACCAUGAACAUCCUGUUCACACAGUUUAAGAGGCUCAAGGGAACAAGUCCAUCUUCAGCAUCCAGGCCCCAGCGAGUCAUCGAAGACCGUGACUCUCAACUCCGAAGUCAAGCCAGAGCUCUGAUUACCUUUGCUGGAAUGAUACCCUAUCGGACAUCUGGGGACACCAAUGCCAGGCUGGUGCAGAUGGAGUGCUGACUGCAUGUAGGAGAACAGCACACAUGCCCUGUCAGAAACCAGAUGAGGCCUAAAGCCAACAGGAAGGAAAAACAGCAGCUCAGGUAGUGGCGUAGUAUGGGGAGACCUUUGUGGAAGAACGAGACAACUGUACCAGAAGGGUUAAGCCUCCUACAAGCAAAUCCCAGUGCUUGCUCUGUAAAGUGAUUCCAUGACUGCAUGUGGCAUGCUGGGCCUGUGUGGAACUAAGAACACCCUGAGUUUGC